ACCAAGAAAACUCAUUCGGGUUGCAUUUACCAAACGCAUUCCCAGCUCCGACACUUAAAGAACCAGCCAAAGUCCGCAAUUCCUUCUCUCUUCCCCCCGCUUACAUGCCGCCGCCGCCGCCUCGGCUAUCGUGACUCUCAAUACCCGAAUAGCAAAAUGGCGAAAUCACAUGGCAGCAAUGUUUCUCCUGCGCAACAGAAAGGAAGCAAGAAUGUUCAGACUGGACAUUCCCAGAAUAUGCUCACCUCAACCUUGACUAAAGGAAAUACAACAUAUGAUGAGUUUAAAUACGGAUUCCCAUCUGAUGGCUUAUCAACUGCAUCCAAUAAAUGGUGGGGAAGCAAUAGCCCCGAUGGUAAUGAAGGCCUCCGUGGGAAAGGAGCUAAGGCAGAGGAAGACAAAAAACCUCAGUCCGACAAAUUGGCAGAUGACAAUGCAAGUUCAAUAAUAGUGGACACAGAGAAACCCGAAAGUGGGAAAGAGGAGAACAUUAGUCCCCAAGGAACAGAUUUGUUGGUGUCUGUGAGAAGAAGAGCUGCGGAAGAAAACCAAAAAGCACUUGAGCUUGGUGCUUUCCGGGGUUAUGGCGCAAAGAAGCUAGGCAGAAGAGAGAGGAAACUGCUUCUCCGAAUAUUCAAAUCUUCGACUCCAAAACAAUGGAUACAUGACUCCUCUUAGAUUCGAGGUGGAUUGCUCUGGACGUUAUAGAUGAUAAUCCAAGUUAAGAGAAAUCGAAUUCCCAUUCAUCUGUUCGAGGUGGAUUCCUCUGGACAUUAUAGAUGAUAAUCCCAGUUAAGAUUACCUAGUUUUUAUUUUCGUUUUGUUUCUUUUCGGUUUUCUCAACAAGAUUGUACUUGACAAUUGACAGCCACAUUGAAUUCUGAAUCUGGACUUUGACUGUACUAAUAUGAUGACCUUGAGGCUUCGUUUUGGUGUUCAGGAUUGGAUUGAAUGAGAUAACUCACUGGAUUAGUAACGACAGAAACUUCUCCCUAAUAAUCCCACCAUGUUUUGGGGGAUUGGAAGAGAGGAGAUAAUUUUCUUUCAUGAUUAAUCCGUCUUUUACCUUCAACAGAACAUUACCCUAUCCAUUCUAGACACCAUACGAGGCCGGAAUUACGUAUGAACUACAUGGAUCAAUUCAAAAUCCUGCUUGCUUAGCUUAUGUUCUGUUGAUGGGGUUUAGACAGAUAACUUUGUGCUCAAGAACCCAACAGAGAUUUCUGCCUGAUAUCUAAGAGAGUACGUGGCGAAAUUCUGUUGGUUACAGGUCAGCAUAUCAAAUAUCCAAAACUGAUUUUCCUCACCUUUCUUUUUCUCCCUUUUUGGAGCAAACUUGUGGCUAUGCUGUCGUACCCAAAAAAAUCUGAGAAGUUAAAUCUUCACCAAUGAGAAAACAGACGAAGAUAUCACAUAAAACUCUAAGUAGACCUACUAGCUACUCUUUCGAACACAACAAGAAGCAUUCAGAAACCCUACAUUGUCAAAUGGCUUCUUCUGCAAUGGCUCUCACCUCCCCUUCCCUAGCUGGCCAAGCUGCAAGGGCCCAAUUACCCUCGACUUCUACCCUACUAGGUGAGGGCCCAAUUACCAUGCGCAAAACCGCAGCCAAGUCCAAAAAUGUAUCAGCCGGCAGCCAAUGGUACGGUCCAGACCGUGUCAAGUACUUGGGUGGUCCUUUCUCUGGUCAGUCCCCAUCUUACCUCACUGGAGAAUUCCCUGGUGAUUACGGUUGGGACACUGCCGGACUCUCUGCCGACCCUGAGACAUUUGCUAAGAACCGUGAGCUUGACGUCAUCCAUUCUAGAUGGGCAAUGCUCGGCGCUCUGGGCUGCAUUUUUCCAGAACUCCUAUCUAGCAACGGAGUCAAGUUCGGUGAGGCUGUUUGGUUCAAGGCGGGAGCCCAAAUUUUCAGCGAAGGCGGGCUAGACUACCUGGGGAAUCCAAGCUUAGUCCAUGCUCAAAGCAUUUUGGCAAUUUGGGCCACGCAAGUUAUCUUGAUGGGUGCAGUGGAGGGAUACAGAAUUGCAGGUGGACCUCUCGGUGAGGUGACAGACCCUUUGUACCCCGGCGGGAGCUUUGAUCCAUUAGGGCUUGCGGAAGAUCCAGAGGCUUUUGCUGAACUUAAGGUGAAGGAGCUAAAGAAUGGAAGAUUGGCCAUGUUCUCCAUGUUUGGAUUUUUUGUGCAAGCCAUUGUCACUGGAAAGGGACCAAUAGAGAACUUGGCCGACCACUUGGCUGACCCCGUUAACAACAAGGCUUGGUCAUAUGCAAACUUUGUUCCCGGAAAGUGAAGUUGAGAACGUGAGAGAACUGGCUCUACAGAUUGUGUCUGUAGGCAGCUCACAGCUGCCGUGAGUUGGGAUUUGUAUUUGUGUGAUUUUGUUCAUGUAAAUAUUGGUUGUGAAAGCAAUGGAAUAUUUCAACAAAACCCGACAUAUCCUUCAAGCAGGAAUCAAUCUUCUGGCCAACUUUGGUCUCUAGAAACCUGGUUUCUUUUUUCUGAAAAUAUGAUUUAGCCC